UCAGUGACGAGCUGACAAGUUCUAGCCUGAGGUCACGUGGUUACUGGAGAGUUUACCUCUUUGUUUUCCUCGUCUUCCUCCUCAUCUGUGUCGUCAUCGCCGCCGUUAUCUUAGCCGUGCUGUUGACCAAAGAAAAAACAGAUGGUAUAGAACUCGAGAGAGCGGUCCUGACUGUCCGUCUGCCACACGAAGAUUUCACCGACGCCUUGCACCGGAACUCCAGUCCUGAGUUUGUCAGACUUCAGAGGGAGGUUUGCCAGCAGGCCCUACAAACUCUACAAGAAGGCAACAUCUCUCUAGCAGACCAAAAUUGUUUAGUCCUUCGCUUUGUGAAAGGAAGCGUCAUAGCCACAUUUCAACUUCUUUUCUCGCCCCGGAGAUUUCCGGCUAGACCGAAUGUAAGGGACGAGGCGAUUGGUCUGUUGGUGACUGCAAUGACCAAUGGGAAACUUGGUGACAUUCCGGUAGAUAAGCGUUAUUUUUGCGUCAUACCCAAUGACGUCAGAUCAAACCUCCUGUGUACGUCAGCGCAGCCUUACACGUCAUCCACGGAGACUCCCAGUAGAGCUACGUCAUUGUCGGGCUUGACAACAGCUUCAAGUACAACAUCAUCACCGUCGCAUGUUUCAACUGUCAGUGUGACGUCAUCGCAUCUUUCAACAAUCGAUGUGACGUCAUCGCAUUUAAUUUCAACAUUAGGUUUGACAUCGUCACAUGUCACAACAGUCGGUGUGACGUCAUCACAUGUCUCAACACCUGGUGUGACGUCAUCACACGUCUCAACAUUACUUGCGACACCUACAUUGCCGAGUACUGAUGUUUCUUUAGUAACAAAAACAACAUCAUCAACACUAAAUACAAGGCCUCACAGUAACACUGUAUCAUCAUAUGAUGUCAAAACAUCUGUUUCGGUGACAUCAAUUACCGGAUUAUCCCUAACAUCACACACCAUUCAGACAUCAUUCCAUGAUGUGGCAACAUCAAGUGCAGCAUCAACAUCAGGCAUGAUGUACACAUCCCUUGAAUCAUCAACACCUACACUGGACUCAUCAGCAACAUCUGAAACAUCAAUUUUUGAAACAUCAAUUCUUGAAACAUCAAUUCUUGAAACAUCAAUUCUUAAAACAUCAAACCUUGAAACAUCAAACCUAGAAACAUCAAACCUAGAAACAUCAAACCUUGAAACAUCAAAACUUGAAACAUCAAACCUAGAAAUAUCAGUUCUUGAAACAUCAAAACUUGAAACAUCAAUUCUUAAAACAUCAAACCUUGAAACAUCAGAACCUGAACCAUCCAUACAUGACUUGGUUUCCACCACGCCACCCUCAGUGGUGAGUACACCUCUUGCACACACGGGUGUCACUGUGUUCACCUUGACACCACUCGACACGUCAUUUAGCUCAGUUGUUGACGUCAUUGUUGCGUCAUCAAGCGUGGACCAGCAGAAUCUCGACCACACGAUGACGUCACUUCACGAAAGCAGUUUUAGUUUAGACCAAACAGCAGUGGAAGUAGAGCAGAGCAGUCAAUCGGUCGAAGACCUGGCAACAUUUAUAGACCAACCAACGUCCCGUUUAGACCUGCCAACCACGACUCUAGACCAGCCACCAUCAGUCGUCCCCCACACAACCCCAGACAUCCCCCACACAACCCGGUCCACCCACACAAUCCCACCACCGACAGACAUCCAGCCAACGUCGCCCAGCUACCUCAUCUCGACCUUCACCUUAUCACGUGACAGUCUCGAGACCACGGCUCUGUCGGUUGAGCCCCUGAGCCAGUUCCUCAACACGGCAGGAGCCACAGGAGCCACAGGUCCUGCGUCAUCUGACCUGUGGCGCGUGACUGACGUCAUGAGCCUCAGCUUCACCGAGCAGCCAAUCAAAACUAUUCUCGUGACCUCACGUGACUUCUCGCGAGAUUCGGACUAUGUCCACUCGCCAGAUCACACGGUGACGUCACACGGUGUGUCAACAUAUGUCCCAGGAUCAAUUGAAACUACAACCAUACCAUACGAAGACAUAACACAAUCUGAAACCACAAUUAUACCACACGAAGUAUUACAGUCAACAAUACCUAAAACACAACCUUAUGACGUCAUUCAGCAAUCUGAAACUAUUUUAUCACCUUAUGACUUCAUUCAACCAUCUGAAACAUCAAUCUCACCGUAUGACGUCAUUCAACAAUCUGAAACAACAAUCCCACCUUAUGACGUCAUUCAACAAUCUGAAACAUCAAUCUCACCUUAUGACGUCAUUCAACCAUCUGAAACAUCAAUCUCACCGUAUGACGUCAUUCAACAAUCUGAAACAACAAUCCCACCUUAUGACGUCAUUCAACAAUCUGAAACAUCAAUCUCACCUUAUGACGUCAUUCAACCAUCUGAAACAUCAAUCUCACCGUAUGACGUCAUUCAACAAACUGAAACAACAAUCCCACCUUAUGACGUCAUUCAACAAUCUGAAACAACAAUCUCACCUUAUGACGUCAUUCAACCAUCUGAAACAACAAUCCCACCUUAUGACGUCAUACAACAAUCUGAAACGACAAUCUCACCGUAUGACGUCAUUCAACAAUCUGAAACAACAAUCCCACCUUAUGACGUCAUUCAGCCAUCUGAAACAUCAAUCUCACCGUAUGACGUCAUUCAACCACCUGAAACAGCAAUCUCACCUUAUGACGCCAUUCAACCAUCUGAAACAACAAUCCCACCUUAUGACGUCAUACAACAAUCUGAAACGACAAUCCCACCUUAUGACGUCAUUCAACAAUCUGAAACAUCAAUCCCACCUUAUGACGUCAUUCAACAAUCUGAAACAUCAAUCCCACCUUAUGACGUCAUUCAACAAUCUGAAACAUCAAUCCCACAUUAUGAUGUCAUUCAACAUUCUGAAACAUCAAUCCCACCUUAUGACGUCAUUCAACAAUCUGAAACAACAAUCCUACCUUAUGACGUCACUCAACAAUCUGAAACAGCAAUCUCACCUUAUGACGCCAUUCAACCAUCUGAAACAACAAUCCCACCUUAUGACGUCAUACAACAAUCUGAAACGACAAUCCCACCUUAUGACGUCAUUCAACAAUCUGAAACAUCAAUCCCACCUUAUGACGUCAUUCAACAAUCUGAAACAUCAAUCCCACCUUAUGACGUCAUUCAACAAUCUGAAACAUCAAUCCCACAUUAUGACGUCAUUCAACAUUCUGAAACAUCAAUCCCACCUUAUGACGUCAUUCAACAAUCUGAAACAACAAUCCUACCUUAUGACGUCACUCAACAAUCUGAAACAUCAAUCUCACCUUAUGACGUCAUUCAACCAUCUGAAACAACAAUCCCACCUUAUGACGUCAUUCAACGAUCUGAAACAACAAUCCCACCUUAUGACGUCAUACAACAAUCUGAAACAACAAUCCCAUCUUAUGACGUCAUUCAACAAUCUGAAACAUCAAUCCCACCUUAUGACGUCAUUCAACAAUCUGAAACAUCAAUCCCACCUUAUGACGUCAUUCAACAAUCUGAAACAUCAAUCCCACAUUAUGACGUUAUUCAACAUUCUGAAACAUCAAUCCCACCUUAUGACGUCAUUCAACCAUCUGAAACAACAAUCCCACCUUAUGACGUCAUUCAACAAUCUGAAACAACAAUCCCACCUUAUGACGUCAUUCAACAAUCUGAAACAACAAUCCCACCUUAUGACGUCAUACAACAAUCUGAAACAACAAUCCCACCUUAUGACGUCAUUCAACAAUCUGAAACAACAAUCCCACAUUAUGACGUCAUUCAACAAUCUGAAACAUCAAUCCUACCUUAUGACGUCAUUCAACAAUCUGAAACAACAAUCCCACCUUAUGAUGUCAUUCAGCAAUCUGAAACAACAAUGCCACCUUAUGACGUCAUUCAGCCAUCUGAAACAACAAUCCCACCAAACGAAGUCUUCACACAAUCUGAAAGCACGUCGCUCAUUCCGAACAUUUAA